AGUAUUAAUUAUAUAUCAUAUUAGGAGAUGCCCACGAAGAAGAAGAAAAAAUUAAAAGCCAAAAACCAGGUCGAACAAGGUGAGAUAUUACCGUGUGCUUUACAAACAACUUCAAAAAAUCUUGCACUGGUCAGUGAAUACAAUGUGUAUGAAUUCGCUGAAUCUUUUCAUUGGUCUUCAAAAUUUUCCUUAUUCAAAUGAGUUUGAUAUUUUUUUUAACCUUAAAACAGAUGAGUUUAAAAAACGUUGACAAUUGUAAAUCGCUGGCGCCAGGGUACAGCGUUAAACAACCGUUUCACCCACAGGUUUAAUUUUAGUUUAGGUAAUAACACGAUUUCGAGUGCUAUUUGGUGUAAAUUUUUCAGAGACAACAAAAUUGCACAAGCCCAGAGGGUAAGUGCAAUUGGUCGUCUUCGAAAAAUUUACAAGUGCUUAUUAUACCAAAUUGUAAGAGAAAUCGUGUUAUUAUAUGUGGUAAAAUUUCCGCACAGCCCCAUACUAUUGUAAAACAAAUGUGUUUUCCCAAUGGCAAAGUAUUGUUUUUGUCAUUGUUUUCUCUAUCCAAGAACUAAAUGCAUAAUGUAGGAUGGGGCUGUGCGGAAAUUGUACCCGCUAUUUGUCAUUUGCACUCGUGUUACAUGAGUUUUUAGCCUAUCAGAAGCACUUAAUUUUUUCCUGUAUAUAAUGCUCAAAUCAGGCUGGUGAUAACCAAUCAUGCUCAAAAAUAUUGUUAUAGUUUUGAUCAGGUGUGGGAAUUGAUUCCAGGUUCAGAUUUUGUCAGAAUGUUUGUGUGAACAUUAUGGAACAUCAGACACUUUUUGAAACUCAUAUAGUUCCCAAUCUUGCAUGAAAUCUGACAUAAAAAAAUGGCAUCCCUCCACUUUUAACCUAAUUGACAGCCCUGUAAUGCAUGUGCCAUGUUCAUGUAACUGAGUGGUCAGAACAGUUCAUUAUUGUGCUAGAAAAUAGUUUUUGUAUGUGUGCUUGCCAUUCUUUAUGUGACCAGGUUAUGUUGGUAUCACCUAUUUCUUUCUUUUAGAAGAUACAGAAUCUUCAGAAUCUGGAAAACUCAGUGAAACACAUGAAGUAGCCCAGCAUCUUUCAAGAACAAGACUAGUAUGUCAAAGAAAUCUGAAUUUUUAUAAUCUUACAGUUCUUGGCAGUGGUUAAACUUUCACAUUAAACUUAAUAAGUUUUAAUUUGAAUUCAAAUUUAGUAGGUUUAUGAAAUAAUAAAGUGAAGUUUUAGAGCAAUUAUAUGCAGUAUUUGCCACCGUGUUACCCUUUCAAGAAAUUUCUUGUUCUCUGUGUAAUCUGAGAUUUUUCCUUUAUACUCUUCAGGACAAAGAAAAUGCAAGCAACACAAGAAAAACAAGGUCCAUGUUUCAACAAAAAGAUGCUGAUCCAUACGACGCAGAUUCAGAACCUGAACAGGGGAUCUUAUCAUCCAUGAUUGUGGAUCAAAACAUUCCUUUGGAGCAACAGCUCAUGCAAUCCUGUUCACACUUAUUUCACCCAGAACACUCCACACCAAGCAUACAACCAGAAAGAAGUGUGUACAGUUCAUGUUAUGGGUUUGAUGACUUGGCCUCCCCUCUUACCUUUUCUCCUGUUGGAGAACCAAAAGUGCCACCUCAGUGUGUUUCUAGGUCUCCUGGGUCUGUUUCUGUGUCAUCAUCAGUUACAUCUAUUUCUCCGAGAAAGAGGAAAGCUGAGCUCAGAGUGUUUGAUGUACCAAUUGAAAAACCCACCAAGAAGAUAAAGAAAAAGAAAACAACUAAAAUUUUGGUAAGAUAUGUUAUUUAUAAGAAUUAUAAGAGAGAUGGAAAGUUUUGUUUUUACUAGUCAACAUGUUUACUGCACAGGUGUUAAAGUACUGCAUAGUGAUUUUUGCAUUGUGGUAUUAAAAAAAUUCCUUAAUUAAAAUGCCAAAAGUUAAUUUGAGCCCAAUUGCAAUAAAAAGCAUGAUACUGCCUCUACUUCUAUUUUCAAAAAUCAAGCCAUUUAGAUCUAGAUGCAAUGCAUAAGCAGUGUUCUUCCAUAUUUUAAGCAUGACAGGUGAAAGAAAUUUCCAAGAGGGUAGAGCAAUCCUUUUACUUGUUGAAUUUUAAGAAUUCCAGGCAAUUCUAGGCAUUAAUAAGAGUUACUACAUGCAGUCAACUUGAGUGUUUGCCAUCUGAGAAAGAGAACACUGCAUAAAGUGGCUGAAACAAGGUUUCAGUAAUUGAAAGUAGGAGGAUUAAGAAGAAAAGUACUUGAAGUGAAUUUAUUUACUGUCUAGUCUAACAGACAUGCAUUCAUGCUUCUGUAUCCCAGAUACAGGGAUUAUAUGGGUCCUGGAGAACCUGGAAAGUCCUGGAAUUUUAUUUUGACACUUUUCUGGACUGGAAGGUUCUGGAAAAAAAACCUUCAGGUCCUGGAAAUCUGCCUAAAUCAAGCAAUAAAGUUUUCGGAAUUUACAUGUUAAGAUAUGUAUAGAGACUGUAAGGAGAAUUGAUUUUGAAAUCUUCAGUGAGAAUAAAAGUGUUUAUGGUGAAUUUGGAGUCUUGGAAAAUUCAAUUUGAGUCCUGGAAAAGUCAAUCUGAGCCCUGGAAAAGUCCUUGAAAUUUGUUUCUGGAAAAAGGGUACAAACCCAGCAGGUAUGGAACAAAAUGAAAAGAGGUAUACUGGCAAUACUUAACCUUGUGGUACUCUUUCCAGGUUACCUGGUUUUCUUCUCCACUAUUCAUUGCAGUUGUUUAAAGUAACAGAUGGUGUUUGUUUUUCUUCCUUUCAUAGGAUUUAGAGGAUGACAACUGGGUAUCUGAAAUGAAAUCUCAGUUUGAGGAAAUAGAAAUGGUGGAGCUUGUUGUUGACUAGAUUGCCACAGUUAUGAAGAAAUUUGAAAACAUGGAAUGUAUCAUAAAUAUUCAGUAUAUUCUACAAUAGAGAAGGUAGUGGUGAAAGUAAAAAAGGACACUGAUCUCAAACUCGUGUUCAGUUGCUAUGGUCAUAUGUAGUUACUGUUUCUCACUAAGAUUGUACCACUGUUAUUGUAUUUAUUGAUCCUGCAAUGCACAACCUGUAAAGUUACUGUUGCUGUUCAUUUCUUUUUAUUUUUUUUUUUUUCAGGUAAUUAAUAUUUUUUUGGCAAAGACCAAGGCCGUCUCUGCUCAGAACCCAUCUCUUAUUGAUUAAUGAAAACUCUGGAAUUGCAUUAUGCUAUGGCUGGUCUUUAAAAACAAUAACUUAUAUAUUUUUGCAACUAUGAACUGAAUUUCAUGACACUAGAUAGAGAACAAAAGCAUGAUCAUCAAAAGAAGGACUGUACCAAAAAACUUGUUUAAAAUUUCUUUGUCAAACAGCCAAAAGACAGCAAGGCAAAAUACAACUAUUGUGUGCUAUCCUCUGCUUUUCUCCUGUGUGUAAUAUUUCAGCUGUAGCGGGAGGUUGUUGUUAGAAAAUGGCAGCAUGUUAAAGUUUCUUAACCCUUUAAACCCCUAGAGUGACCAGCAUCUAAUUUCUCCCUACAGUAAUACAGCUAAG